UUAUUUUCAAAUGUACAUGAAUGAGUUCCCUUAUGAAUGAUUCCACUGUUGGGUGUUUUCUGCAAAUACGGACUCAAAACAUUUCCAGUUUGAAUUAUAAUCAGAUAAGGGAAGAAUGGACGGUAAAGAGAAUGAAAGAGUAUUUCGACUGCCAUCUGAUGCUCACAAUUUUGACAAUGAUCUUUAUGACCAUGCAAAAGAAUCAGUUGCAAGAAAGUCGUUAUUGCCUUUAUUAAAAGACGAAUUGAGGCUGAAAAUACAGACAAAACGUUUGUCUCAGGGACUGGAUGAACUUAAAGUAGAUUUCAAACAUAAACCGCAAACGCCUCUUACAGAAAAAGAAAGAGAAAAACAAUGUUAUAGAAAACGAUGCAACAGAUUCUCAGCACGAAAAUGUCGCAUGAAGAAAAAACAAUAUAACUAUAUUGUUAAACAGGAGCUGACGGAUUUAAGAACAACAAAUGUUAAAUUAAAAAAUAAAGUUUUUCAAUUGGAAACGGAAAAGGAGUUCUAUAUAUCUAAACUAUUCAAUACUCCAGAAAUUGUGAAUGUUUUUACAGAGUAUUAUGGCGCCAAUCUAAAUAGUUUAUGCGAAGAUAAUACGGAAGAUGCUUGACAUAUUAAAACUAAAGGACAUAAUUAUUCAGAAUUGAAAGUGGAUGAAAUCUCUCAUAUCUAGUCAGUAUUCCGGAAAUUCGGAUAAUUCCAUCGCACAUAUAUAUUAAGCUAAUGAACUAGUUGUAUAUAACAUGCAUGUUAGCUAGUGAAUAAACUCAUUAUAGUAAAUGCACAAUAGAGCUUUAGCUUAAUGAUAAUGUAGAAAACAAUUGUCUGGUACAUUAUGAUAUAUAGAGAAUAAUACAUGGCAAAAUCCGUAUCAUAUGUCGUAUCAUCCCGAGACAUCAAUAUCAGCCCAAGGGCCUUUAGGCCCGAGGGAUGAUAUUGGUCGAGGGUGAUACGGGGUAUGCGAUACGGGUUUAGCUAUGCGAU